AUAGAAUAACGCCCAUAAUGUCCUUGCAUGUGAAAUUCCCUGCAGACAAGCACCGAAAAACUGUAAGGACAAGAAAAUCUUGUAAAUAAACAAGUGCGGUUCCGUCUUUUAACAACAUACGCGUCCGUUUCGCAUUCUGUCGCGGUCUUGGGAUUUUCAUUUGGGUACGAAGACACAAAAUGUAGCGGUACACCUGCUGUUGGUUAGGCAAACGUCGCCAGUCUAUAUGAACGAAACGCGAGUGCUUCACUUUCAAUUUUAAUCAAUGGUACGUUCCAGAACGACGACCUUGCCUAAAAUUGAAUGUAACGUUGUCCACCUGGAACCUCUUCACAAUUUUUUCCUAUCAUGUGGCAUCAGGUAUUCAGUAAUUCAUGAAACUGGGUUGCAGAAGGUUGAUCAAAAGCCAUGUUAAGAAAAAGGGCACAAACUUUUCAAUAUGAUUAAGCGAACAAGUGCCCUAUCGAAAUUAAACUAUAGAAAAGUUUUUCUAUAUUUUUUGCUUUUUCAAGUGGUGUGCAUUGUUGUGUUUUUGUUACAGCAAAAUCUUAUUUUUAAUCCACAGAGAAUUUACCGUGUAUUAUUGAAGAUAAUCAAGAGAAAUGACAAUAAAACCAUCCUGAUAUGGAACAGCCCGAAUCGGAUAGAAACGGCAGCCUUUGGGUUAGGUCACGAGCCCUUCGUUCAGCAUGGAUGCGAAGUGUCAACCUGCGUAGUCUUUGACAACACCUCAUCCGUUUUGCCUCUCGAAGAUUAUGAUGCCAUCAUCGUGAACAUUCAAGAAUUGUGGAAAACUGGCAUGCCCAGUUUCAAUAGGCGAAAACACCAAAGACUGGUUUUCCUUACGCAAGAAUCGCCGACUACUCUACCAUAUAUCCAAUACCAUCUAGUUGGAAAUUUAUUCAACUGGACAAUGAGUUAUAAACUCAAUUCGGAUGUCUUGUUACUUUAUGGUCGUAUCCGGCCAGGACCAAAAGCUCCUAACACUCUUGCGGAUACGCACAAAAUGAUGGAAGAAAUGCAUCUGCCACCAGCUAGGAACUACGCUGCCAACAAAACUCGACAGGUGGUUUGGAUGGCGUCUCAUUGCAACACAAAAAGUUUGCGCGAGACGUACGUCAGAGAACUGAGUAAAUUUAUUUCGGUGGAUGUGUACGGUGGAUGCGGCAAUUUUAGUUGUGACAGAAACGGCACGCACUGGCUAUCUCAUCCAAAGUGUUACGACAAAUUAGAAGGGGAAUACAAGUUCUACUUGUCCUUCGAAAACUCCAUUUGCACUGAUUACGCCACAGAGAAAUUCUUUGAAAUUAUGAAACGUCGGAUAAUACCAGUGGUUUACGGAGGCGCUAAUUAUAGUGUCUUAGCACCCCAUCAUUCUUAUAUUAAUGUUUUGGAUUUUGAAACACCAGAAAAACUGGCUCAGUACUUGCGUUUCCUAGAUGAGAACGACAUGUUCUAUAACGAGUAUUUCUGGUGGAAGGAACACUAUCAGGUUGAGGCAGGUGUGGAUCAAAUGGCGCGGCAUGGCUUCUGCGACCUGUGCAAAAAGCUUCAUCAAGAUGAGGACAUAAGCAAAUAUUAUCCUGAAUUGAUCUCCGAGUGGCACCCAAGCACUCAGUGUAAGUAUUUUGGCUCUUGGGAAAGAACCAUGACAACGACCUCUACCACACAAAGCAGUAGCACUACCCAAAGCAUAACGACAAGCUCGAUAGCCACCAACAGCCCCAAUAGCACGAAUGUCACAGGUGUUCAAAACUCACCGCGUUUGCAUAAGAAACUACUCGGUUAUGUCAUGCAGCGACUCUUGCCGUAAGAGAUUUGAAGUCCCACGCCAACCAAACUUGCUAACCCCAUCGUGACACUGGAAAAUCACUCGGUCUACAUAAAUGCAAUCAACAUUGCCUUUAUGAUAUUCAAUAUAUCAAAUUGAUUAAAAAUUCGCAUUAUUCAAAUAAUUGACAACAUUUAAAAUUUAAAAAAAUUGAAGGAACAGUUAGUGAGUUAGAUUUUUAUCCUUGCCUGCCUGUAAUUAGAAAAUUGGCAACAUUAUUUUGCAGCAAAUCUGUUUUGUUUAGCUUUUAACUUAGUAACACAAAACACAACUUAGAAUACUAGGUUAAGCUUAAAUCCUGAUAUACUGUACAUACCAAAAUGAGCAUUGCGUCAAAGGAUUCGUUUUGGAUUGAAUUCGAAAAUACAUUGACGGAUAAAGUGCUUAA